AUGCGCCACUCCCUCCUCGCGCUGUUUACCCCUUUCCCCCUCGCCCCCCUCGCCCGCGUACUAACCGCCACACCAAACCACUUGCCAUCACCAGAUCCCUAUCUCUCCGCCCGUGGAUCAGAUGUCGCGGUAGUUGAUCCGUCCGUGUUUGUGCCUUUGGCCAACAAUUUUGAGAUUACUGCGGAUACGGUGACGAGGGAGUAUACUUUUGAUAUCACAAACGCAAAAGCAUCUCCCGAUGGUUUCACUCGCGACAUGUACGCCAUCAACGGUAUCCUGCCCGGCCCACUCAUCGAAGGCAACCAAGGCGAUACCGUUGUCGUCCACGUCAACAACUAUCUGGACCAAGGUCAGGGUAUCCAUUGGCAUGGGCUGAGACAGAAUGGUACGGGCCAUAUGGACGGUGUCCCUGGUAUCACCCAAUGCCCAAUCCCCGCAAACGGUGGCUCCUACACCUACCAAUUCACCCUCGACAAACAAGCCGGCACAUACUGGUACCACUCUCAUUUUGGCAACACCAUGGCCGACGGUCUCGGAGGGCCAAUCGUCAUCCACUCGCCGGAUGAAGGUGUACAGGCGGGGGGCGAUUACGAUGAGGAGAGGAUUGUUUGGGUUACUGAGUGGAUGCAUGAUGAUUCGGAAACGAUCAUCGAGGGCUUGAAGAGUUCGAAGGGAUAUAGGGGUAGCACCGCUUCUCCCCAAGGCGACGCCGUCCUCGUCAACGGAGUCGGCCAAACACACUGCACAAACACCGACGACCCAUCCUGCUUCUCCCCUUCUCCUCCCGAGAUCCAAGUCCCCACAAACAGCCGUAUCAGAGUCCGCUUCAUCUCUGCCGCCGCUCACGCCAUGUUCCGCAUGUCCCUCGACACCCACGAACUCACAGUCGUCGAAUCGGACGGUACCCCUGUCUGGGGUCCGACGGUGCAUGAAGUGCCCCUCGCGCCUGGAGAGAGGUAUUCGGUCAUUAUUGAUACCAAUGGCAAGACGGAGGGAGAUAGUGUGUGGUUGAGGGCUACGACGGCGUUGGCGUGUAUGCCUGGAGGGAAGGAUCAAGUUGGGUUGGCGGUGUUGAGGUAUGGGAGUGGAAGCACUGGAAAUGAGGCGGUUGGGGGCUUGCCGAAUACAACUGCUUGGGGAGACCUUUCGGCAGCUCAAGCUCCAUGCCGCGGCCUUGACCAAUAUGAACGUCUUUCACCAAGGGAAAACAUUGGAGCGGACAACAAUGCUUUGACGUCGCAAUUCUUGAACAGCGAGAGGGGUACCUUUUUGGACCAUGACGGGAAUAUGUUUGAUGGACAGGGCUUCAACAACAUCUCUUACCAGAACCAAAUCAACGACCCCCUCCUCUCCAUCCUCCAAUCCGGUGGCUCAUGCAACACCUCCCUCGUCGCCAACGCCACUUUCCCACACAUCGGCCCGGGUAACAUCAUCAUCAAUAACCUCGACUCCGGCAUCGGCCACCCCUACCAUGUGCAUGGGAACGAGUCCCAGAUCCUUGCCAGGGGUGAAGGCAAGUUGACGGCAGAGGAUGUGGAUGACGGAAAGGUGGGAUUGGGCUUGGAUAACCCUGUGAGGAAAGAUACGCUCUGGAUCCCAGGGGGUCAGUGGGCGUUGUUGAGGAUCAUCACGGAUAACCCCGGAGUACAUGCGGUGCAUUGUCAUAUUGGAUGGCAUCUGGCUGAAGGCAAAUUGGCGGUGGUCAUUGUACAACCCGAUGCUAUCAAGAAUAAAAACUUCCCCUCUGCUUGGUACAACCUGUGCGACGGCACAAACCCAGACGAGUUCGGCCCUUCUCGACGAACGCUCUCGGCCCCUACUACCGAGCCCAGAUCGCUUUUCACCCCCUUCACCAAGAUCCGGAAUAACCUCAGUCUCGAUGGUCUCAAGCGGAGAAUGAUCUUGUUACGAGGAGAGAAGGAGAUAUAA